AUGAGGCAAUUAACUUGCCUUAGUGUUUCUAAUAAUAAUAUUGGAAAUGAAGGAUUCAAAUUCAUUUGUGAAAUGAAGCAAUUAACCUAUCUCGAUGUUGGUAGAAAUGAUAUUAAUAGUAAAGGACUCAAUCAUAUCACUAACCUUGAUAAGUUAAAAGAUCUUCGUAUUUAUUACAAUAGUGUUGGAGAUGGAGCUAAAUACAUAAGUGAAAUGAAACAAUUGACUAAUCUUAAUGUAAAUACAGCUUGCAUUAAUGAAAAAGGUGCCAAGUUCAUUAGUGAGCUGCCACUGGUCACUAAUCUCAAUAUCAGUUUCAAUGAAAUAGGCAAUCAAGGACUCGAACACAUUAGUAGAAUGAAAACCGUAUUAAAUUGUAUAAAUAAUUACAAUUAA